AUGUUCAACGAGAAGAUCUUUUCUUUUCUAUAUUACUGGUUUAUUUUGGUUGGAAUAUUGACCCACGAUCGACGCUUCAAUCCGGUAGCCUAUUCCACACGAUUCAACUCGCAAAAAAUACAAUUUGUUCGAAAAUUCAUCAAAUCAACUGCUGACGAGGAAGAAAUGAUGGACGACUUUUGUGUGUAUCAAGUGAAUUCUGACAUGAUCGUGAUAUUGAACAUGAUCGGAGCGCACGCCAAUGACGUCAUCUCUUGUGAAGUCCUUCAACAAAUGUGGAAAAAUUACAAAGAUGCAAUCCUGGAAAGCUAUAUGGCCAACGACACAUCUCCGAAGAAGAACGAGUCCAAUCAAAAUUCCCCACCAAAUCUAUUUUCUUCGCAGGAAACGAACCGAGCAAGCGAGAUCGUCAUGAUCUUCACUUUUCCGGAGAAACAGAUGGAUGUAGAAGAGUCAAGACCUCUAGUGUUUGCAUAG